AUGUCCAAUUUGAAAGUUUUGCGCGGGAGUUUAGCGCGGCAAAUUCUUAACUCGUUCGUGAGUGGCAAACAUGGAAAAAAAUCUAAUAGAGAACUGUUGUCGUAUAGCCGUCUUUUGAGUAGAAGUUUAGCUACUCAAACCGCAACUGCAGUGGAUAAUAAAUUCUUGACAUCGCCAUGGGGUGAAAUUCAAGUAGGACAGGAGACCUUAACUGAUUUUGUGUUUUCGGACGUCGAGUCAUGGGCGGAUGCACCGUCAGUGACAUGUGGUGCAUCUGGCAGGUCGUACGAUUAUGGCAUGAUGCGUAUGAUGAUCGAGAGGUGUGCGUGUGCACUCGCUGGGCCAUUGAAGCUGGCACCAGGAGAAAGGCUUGGCCUCAUCCUGCCCAACAUUCCUGAAUUCGUCGUCCUGAUUCACGGAGCCAUGAGAGCAGGGCUUGUUGUCACAUUCGCCAACCCUCUAUACACCGCUGAUGAAGUGACACGUCAGUUCAAAGAUUGCAAUGUGAAGGCGAUAGCUACGAUUGAGCUCUUCAUGCCUGUUGCGAAGGAGGUGGCCAAAAACCUGAAGGACUACAAAGGAACCAUCUGGGUUGGAGGCGAGGAUGACAAGGGACAAGGCAUCUUCGGUCUCAAAUCGCUAUUAAUGGCUGAUCAUCAAGCGGAUCUGCCAACUGUAAACCCUGACGAGGUCUGCUUGAUCCCCUACUCCAGUGGCACAACAGGAAUGCCUAAGGGCGUGAUGCUGACCCACAAGAAUCUAGUCAGCAACUUGAAGCAAACGCAAUGGCCUAAGAUGAUGAAGUACGAAGGAGAAAAAGGCAAAGGCGACGUCCUUCUAACAGUACCGCCAUUCUUCCACAUUUACGGUUUCAACGGAAUCCUUAAUUACAAUCUGAAACUCGGUUACCACGUUGUUACAAUGCCAAGGUUUACGCCGGAAGACUAUAUAAAAUGUUUGGUGGAAUACCAGCCUACAACGUUAUUCGUGGUGCCAUCUCUCUUGGCCUUCUUGGCAACCCAUCCGUCGGUGAAGAAGGAACACUUGCAAUGGGUGGAGACCAUCAUGGUUGGCGCUGCACCGACCACUGACAGCAUGCUGGAGAAGUUCUUACUUAAAUGUGAGAAGACUAAGGAUCAGAUUAAGUUGCUGCAAGGUUACGGAAUGACAGAAAGCUCUCCCGUGACGCUGAUGACUCCGUACACGUACCCGUACAGUAAAGUAGGGUCAGUAGGACAACUGGUGCCGAGCACACAAGCGCGUGUGGUCUCCCUUACUACUGGCGAGAUGCUGGGACCGCACAAAUCUGGAGAACUGUGGUUGAGAGGACCUCAAGUUAUGAAAGGAUACUGGAACAACGAGGCAGCGACUAAAGAGACGGUGGACAGUGACGGCUGGCUACACACAGGCGACGUGGCGUACUACGACGAAGAUUUCUAUUUCUAUAUAGUUGACCGCACCAAAGAACUCAUUAAGGUUAAGGGCAAUCAGGUAUCGCCGACAGAAUUAGAAAACAUAAUCAUGGAGCUUCCAGCAGUAGCAGAUGUCGCUGUUGUCGGCGUCCCGGACCCACUGGCGGGUGAAGUACCCAAAGCGUUCGUCGUGCUCAAACCCAAACAAAAACUCACAGAAAAAGAUAUCACUGACUUAGUAGCUAAGAAACUAACUAGAUAUAAGCACCUUGACGGAGGCGUCGUAUUUUUAGAAUCAAUCCCAAGGAAUGCCGCUGGCAAAAUCAUGAGGAAUGAACUCAAAGUUCUCGGUAUGAAACGUAAGUAA